AUGGCAUUCAAAUCUUUCAAAUACAAGUUCUACUCAAAGGGCUACCAUUGCUCAGCUGCACAGAAGAACUCUACGUCUUUUUUUGACAGUUCGUACCAGUACUUCAGACAAAACCAAGGUCUGGUGAGCCUCGAUACGGCUAUACCGCAGUCAAAUGUGCAACACCUAAAUCCUUAUCCGGUGCUGAGUGCCAACGUCAACUACAAUAAUCUGGAUGAUGUACUGAAUACACAGGAUGGUGCGGUGGCCACGACACACGAGGAGCAGCACGAGGAGGAGUCAGUGGCUCUAGAGAGGAACAGAUCGUCGUCCAUAAACCAUUCCAGGCAACAGAAACCAGUUUCGGCAAUAGGGAGAAAUAGUAUGGGUGAUUCUAAUGGCAGCAGAGGUCUCUUGCCGCCAAUACAGCGAGAUGCAUUGAUAGAUCACAACCUGUCUAAGAAGUUUUACUCAACGACAGCCACAGGGAAGUCGGGAACCUCGGCUCCUGUGUAUGUUGCGGUUGGAGCCACCGGAAUAAGUGGCUCAACCGUGAUAAAUAAUCACAAUCAGACUAAUUUUGAUGUCGAUUUGCAAAAGAAAGCACCCUCACAAGAUAUUGUACCCGGAACUGCAACCGCCAGCGGAGCCACUCCUACUGUUGAGACGCUCCCGUGGGAAGAAGAUACCGAAUCAUCUCUUAAUCCAUCUACUUUCCUGACUACUCACAUCAACGAGAUCAAUGAAGCAUACCGUACCCGCGAUUACAACAAGAUUAACCCCCUAUAUCAAGCAUUGAAACGUAAUGGAAUCGUACCACCUUUAGAAGUUUACUCGAAAGUUUUAGAGUCUUUGGCAAAACGGGACCUGGAUAAAGACGAUUUAGACUAUAAAAUGUCGGAGCUACUAACGUGCUACCAGGAUAUGAUUAUCAAUAAAUUGAAGCCAUCUGAUGAAAUAUACAAUAUUGUUCUAGGUUAUCUUUUCAAAGGUUCAAUUCUCGCUUACAAAAUCCGCAACUCCAACGGUUCAGAUUUCUACAAAAUUGCUUCGGAACUUUAUUUAACCAUCGAUACUCAAAACAAACAACAUCAGUUCUCUAAAGAAGUGCUAGAUCAUGCACUAUUAGCAAUGAAUCUUUAUCCCGGCCACCUCAGCUUACAAACUGCUCAAGAAGUGGUCAAUUCAUCACCUUUUUUUAAAAAGGACUGCUUUUAUUACGUUGCAUUCAUUUCAUAUGCAAAAUUAACUAAUGAUAAUGUACUGAUUAAAAAACUUUAUGAAGAGUUUAGAGCUGCUUUAACUGCUGAUCAGUCUUUGAAAUCUAAAGAAUUUGAAGUUUAUACGAUGACGCUCUCUGGUCUAGUAGAAACUGGUGAUCUUGAUUUAGCAAUAAAACUUUUGGAUACACUUACGAUUGAACUAAAAGAAAAGAAUGGUUCUGGUGAAAUUCUGUCGUUGAUGUUAUCCAAUUUUCUCAUCUCUGUCAGCAAGAUUGACUGUCACAGAGCUUAUGAACUAUGGUCAAAAUUUCAUAAAAUGAGGUGGAUACCGGAAUUCUCAUACGAGUUUUAUCUGGUUCUGUUGGCAAAUAGCUUUGAAGAUUGGAAAUUGUCCAAGAAAAUUUACGACUGCAUCUUCCCAAUGAGAGCUCAAUUCAAGGAUGCGAGAAGAGAGCUCUCAGAUUAUUUAUUACGUCCAAUAGGUGUGGAAUCUGUUAUGACUUCAUUACUAGAUUAUGCAUUACAGUCGAAAGAUAAUGAGAUGAUAAUGAAAAUUCUUGAAGAGUCAGUAAUUAAAAAUCUAAAAUUUGACGUUGGUGUUUACCAAUUUAUAUUUGCAUAUUUGAAAGAGAUCAAAUGUCCGGACGAUUAUCUUCUCAGAUUUAUUGCAACUCAUGGCUCUCUGUUUAAUCAGGAUACCAAAAGUAUUGAUAGUUAUGAAUUUUUGAAUGGAAUCAUAGAUCAUUUCCCAUCUCAAGUAAUUUUGAAGAAAAUAACAGAGAUGAAAUUUUUCAGUGAACUUUGUCGGAAUUUCAAUAUGGGCGCAUCCAAAGCAAUUAACUAUGGUGGAUUAAUUGGUUGUAUGAGAAGUCUUUGGGCAUCCCCACAAACAAUUGACAAGUACUCUUAUAAUCUGGAAAUUCAUGCAAUUCUGAUCAUGAGAUUAUUGGACUUUGACACUUAUUAUAACAUAAUGGAUAAUGAAAUUUUGAUUGAUUUCAAGGAAAAAGUUUUGGACCGGUUUUCAAAAUUGGCGAUAAAUUACAGAAGAUUAAAUUUUGACCCAAAUAAAGUACCGGGUGCAGUUUCGCAAGCAAUCAAAAUGAUCGAUUUACCAGACGAUGUAGCUGGAUUCUAUAGCCAUCCUGGGGAUUGGGACAAAACUUAUCCGCUAGCACUCGGUUCUGCAAUUAGAAACUCUGGCAGUACCGGUAUAAAGGAAUUCAAAAGACUGAAAAAAGAGAAUUAUAGCUUUGAUUAUGAUACUUAUAAAGAACUGGUCAAAAAAGGAGUAAUUAAUUCCGAAACUAUUUCUGCCAGUCUAGAUUUAUGCGCGGAUGAAGAAGAACUGAAAUAUCUGACGAAUACAAUGUGCGUCAAAUGUACCGGAAAAAAUUUAGAGAAAACUCUGCUGGAACAUCCUUCUUUUCAAAUUAGGAUUUUGCCCUCUUUGACUGAUGAAUCCUUAUUACGCCUGGCUAAGAAUUGCUCAUUGGAUCAUUGGAUUAACCAGGCCCAAUUUCCUAAAAAGUUCAAAAGUAUCGCGGCUCAAGCAGAAUUCAAGUCUUCCAUUGGCUACGUGUAUGAUCAACUAUCUAAGAACAAGGAAUACUCCAGGAUUUUGCUUUUCAAUAAAGUGUGUCCUGUGCUCAACAUAGAAAUUCUACUCAAAUCCUGCAUAAGAACAGGAAACUACGAAUUAUAUCGCCAAAUGUUCGAAAAAUACAGAGAUCAUUUGGGACCUUCUGCAUUAGAUAUACAGUCUGAGUAUCUGAUCAACAGGGGCAGAAUCGAUGAGGCUGUUAAUCUGAUAAAGUCCGCAAGUGUUCGUACUCCAUGUAAGACUUUGGACAUUUACACGUUCGGGCUUUUCUUACAGAGUUUUUACAAAGAGGUUACGUCCUACGAGGCUCCGGAGGACACUUUACAGUUGGCUAAUCUUUUGUCUGCUCAAUCAAGCUUUAUGGGGAUGUUGUCACUUUACGAUACAAUAACGAAAUCUGAUACUUUUUUAAUUGAAAGUGAUAUUACAUUUGCUGUCAAAUCUGAAAUUCUGGAACAGAUGCUAAACAACUUAUAUGAUGCUACUGAAUUGGUAGAUGUCAAUAGCGAAGAAGUGUCAGACAAAUUCAACAGCAAAAUACAAAAUUACUUCAGAUUCAGAGCAUUUUUGAAAUUGCCACAAUUGCAACUAGGUGAUUUGAAACAACUAUUGGGUAUCUGGGCGAAGGUGAAUCCAUUUGCCAUCGAUACGUUGUUUAACAACAUGGUUGAAACGAUUUAUUUGAACCCCAAUGGUAGACUUCUGUACCUGGAACAUGAUUUGUCUGUGUCGUUUAAACCACAUGACAUCCACGAGUUAUGUGCUGAUAUCGAAAACUUUUAUAAGAUGGAAGAGGAUGCAGAAAAUACAAGCAAGGUCCAAAAGUUCAAAUCACUUUUGGACGAUAUGAUAAGAUGA